AUGGUUAAUGUGAACGGGUCGUCGGCGAGCGCCGGGCCCAGCGGCGGCGCGGAGGGGGCGUCGGCCGACAGCGACGACGAGGACGAUCUGCUGAGCACGCCCUCCGUGCUCGUCGUCGGCGCGCUGCUGUCGCUGCUCAUCUUCCUGUCGAUCGCGGGCAACGUGCUGGUGUGCGUGGCCAUCUACACGGAGCGCGGCCUGCGGCGCAUCGGCAACCUGUUCCUGGCGUCGCUGGCCGUGGCCGACCUGUUCGUGGCGGCGCUCGUCAUGACGUUCGCCGUCGCCAACGACCUCCUGGGCCACUGGCUGUUCGGCGAGGCCCUCUGCGACACGUGGAUCGCCUUCGACGUCAUGUGCUCCACCGCCUCCAUCCUCAACCUGUGCGCCAUCUCGCUCGACCGCUACAUCCACAUCAAGGACCCGCUCAGGUACGGUCGCUGGGUGACGCGACGCGUGGCGCUGGGCUCCAUCGCCGUGGUGUGGCUGCUGGCGGCGCUCGUCUCGUUCGUGCCCAUCUCGCUGGGGCUGCACCGCCGACCGUCGGACGGGCAGCCGCCGCCGGCGGGCGCGGGGCCCGCGCGGCGAGGAGCUGCCCACACGAUGCCGCCUCGCACCCUCGCCCCCGUUACGCCGUCCGUCUCGUCGCUGCGUCUUCUCUUCUAACUGCCCACGCUCGCUCAUGCGCUGGGCACUCUACAUCGCGCCUCUACCUCUACGCCGCGCAGAAAGCACGUACAAGACAUGCGCCGUCACGCGCCCGCUCAGCGCCAACUUCGACGGCGCCGGCGCGUCGCCCUCGCACAAGGUCCCAUUGUCGCAGGCGCAGUCGUCGCCGUACCACGUGUCUGACCACAAGGCGGCCAUCACAGUGGGCGUCAUCAUGGGCGUGUUCUUGGUGUGCUGGGUGCCCUUCUUCUGCGUCAACAUCAUCGCCGCCUUCUGCAAGACCUGCAUCCCGGGCAUCGCUUUCAAGGUGCUGACGUGGCUGGGCUACUCCAACUCGGCGUUCAACCCCAUCAUCUACUCCAUCUUCAACAAGGAUUCGCGACGCCUUUCGCCGCAUCCUCACGGCCAACGCGGCUUACGUGCCCUGUUGCUCCUGCUGCCCCGCCAAAUGCGGUUACGAGGCGGUGAGCAGCCGGUCUUCGCUGGCGGCGCAGGGCCAAAGGCGCAGCAAGGCGAGCGUGGACUGCGGCGCGCUGGGAGGCGGCAUGGGCGCGGGCGCGGGCGGGCAGCGGCGCGGCAACGGGGCGUGCGCCGCCGACGCCGUCACGCCGCGCUCUUCCGCCGGCUCCGCCGCCGCCGCCGCCGUCCCCACCGCCGUCCACGCCUCCAAGCCGCCGCCCCCGCCGCAGUCGCCGGCGCAGCCGCAGCCGCCGCCGUCGCCCCCGCAGCCGCGCCUCGCCGAGACGCGCGUCGACUCCACGGAGCAGGACCCCGAGGAGGAGGUCAGCGCCAUCUGAAGAGACGGCCGC